UGACGGGAGAGUUCCCAGCUGCAGAGCCCUGCUCCCAUGGUCCUGGGAGUCAGCCCGAGCGCUGGGCAAAAAAAACUACAAGCAACCAGCAAGCUCCCUGGAGCCCAGGUUUGUCUUUCUGAAUGUGGCAGGCGACAUGAAAACAGAAGAGACGCCAACGUGUUUAAAACAAACUUCUCCCACACGUGACAGCAGCUCAGGGCAGGAACCAGGUCAGAUGUGCGCAGGCUGCAAACUCACCAUCACUGAUCGCUACAUCCUGCGUGUCAAUGAACGCUCCUGGCACGAAUCUUGUUUAAAAUGUACAACAUGCCUGCAGCCACUCUCCGGGACCUGCUACUGCCGGGACAGGCAGCUGUACUGCAAACACGACUAUGAAAAGCUUUUCAUCACUAAAUGCAGUGGGUGUACUGAGGCCAUUGGUCCGUCCCAGUUAAUCAUGCGGGUGCUGGGGAGCGUAUACCAUGUCGAGUGCUUCAGCUGCUGUGAGUGUGAGCGGCACCUACAACAGGGCGACGAGUUUGUGCUGAAGGAGGGACAGCUCCUGUGCCGCGGCGACUACGAGAAGGAGAGGGAGAUGUUGAGUGGGAUCAGCCCAGUCCCGACGGAGUCAGUGAAGAGUGAAGAUGAAGAAGCUGAACAAAUCGGGCAGACCCAGGGCAAGGGAGGCUCCAAGGGUAAGGACCACAAGAGGUGUAAACGCCCACGGACAAUACUGACCACCCAGCAGAGACGAGCCUUCAGGGCCUCCUUUGAGGUAUCAUCUAAACCUUGCAGGAAGGUGAGGGAGACGCUGGCAGCAGAGACGGGGCUGACUGUCCGUGUCGUACAAGUUUGGUUUCAAAACCAAAGAGCCAAGAUGAAGAAACUGGCCCGUAGGCAGCAGCAGCAGCAGGAACAGGAGCAGCUGAGCCGCCAGAGGAUGGGCAGCCGUCGGAGCUCCAAUCGAGGAGCAAGGCAGCUGCACCAAGACAGUCACGAUGCAGGCAGUGCCCCUGGGAUGGACAGGAUGAUGCUGCCGUACCCAACCCUGCCACGCCAACCUCUGGUGCACCCAAACAGUUACAACACAGAGCCGUUUUCCCAUGGCCUUACCCCGCCCAGGCUGCCGGGUGACCACAUGCAUCCUUACGAUUCUGAUGGAGUGCUUCACAAUAUGGAUCAGGAUGGCUCCCUCAGCCACCUUGGAGACUGUGUCCUGGGCCCACCGGACUCGAACCUCCUCCCCGCACGAGUGGGGAACCCUAUCGACAGGCUGUACUCCAUGCAGGACUCUUACUUCACCUCCUGAUCUCUGCAGCAUUCCACGGCAAAAGAAAAAAAAAUCCCCUCUAGCUUCGUCCCAAAGCCUGGGCGGUAAAUUUGUUGUUGUCGCUGUUACUUCUCUUCAGCCUUUUAGACUUUGCCCUGAGAUCUUAGAGACAUAUUACAGUUCUCCUUGGCUUGGCCAACACAAUCAGGCUCCUCCACUUAGACUGAGUAAUGUGGGAAACACACAAACAAAAACUCCAGCAGCUGCCCAUUGCAAUGUUACCAGCAGCUCUGAGUAGAUCCAAGUGCAGACUUCAGAGAGGAGCAGGUCCCCACUCUUGGGGUUAGCUGUCUUCAACCACCCUUGGCCUAUUUGUUCUUCCUGUGUCUGAUUAGACAUAGGUUAGGAAUAAUCUUUCCAUUUAGAUCUCCACUUUGCUUGAGGUGUUACAGUGAAUGGGCAGCAGUGGCCCAAACCUUAUUGCUAGUAGAAACACCAACAUCACCCUCUCUACCAUUUACAUGGUUUUCGCAUGCAGCACAACCUCCAUUGAAUUAGAUAUGAGCGUUGCCAAGGAUAAGACCAUUCUUAGGAAGGAGUCAGCCUGCCCCUGUGUGACACUGUUGCAGUCAGGACUCAUGCGUCUCUAGCCUGUAAAGUGCUCAGGCUGAAGCAGGGGCAGGCACGCCAAGCCCUGUGAGUACCCACACCAUCUCCCACCACCCUACUCUCCACUUUGGGUCUACUGACCUCCAGCCGGUGCAUUCAUACCCAAAAUGGACUGACAACCGCAAGACCCGAAUCACAGAAUGCCAGCCCGAGCGGAUUUAGAAAUCCCUUCCGUCGGGAGGCAGGUUUUAUGUCAGGUACAUUAUCCCAGUUUCUGCAGAUAGAAAACUUCAUCAUACAGUUGGUUCCCUGCAACGAAGUAUCAAAGAUGUUUGCAGUUGAACUUCUGCUGCAAGUUGAGCCACUGAAAGGGAGUAAGAAAAUCCCAUUUAAAAAUUGACUCGUGAUUGCAGUAUUUUGUUAACAAGUGGACGAACAGCCAAGUGUUAAUUUUGGAACCAACUCCCAUUUGGCCAACAUGAAAGGACUAAUGGGGGAGUUUGCCACUGAUAAGGUUUUAUCAAGGUGCUGUUUGUUGUAAGGUAGUCAUCACUGCUGAUCAAUAACUUUCAACACCAAGUAAUUGGACUUCAACUGAAUAGAGAUGGUCUCUAUGUUAAAUCAAAAGCCUUCAGUAUUAGAUAAGAACAGCUCAUGUCCUGACUGAAGAUUACUGAUGAGUUAGAUGGUCUUCAGUAUUGACUGAGGAGUCAUGAUCUUCAGGGUGAAAAAGUUUGAUUUUCAUUUGAAAUGUUCCAAGGUUUUGAAGUGGAGAUAGGUUUCAGUGUGAUUGUGGAUUUCAAGCUGUUGGAACAAAGGAAUGGCCAUCUGGAAUCUGCACAGUCCAGAAGUAUCAAAUAUUACUGUUCCAUCUCAUUGGCUUCUCAAAUAAUGCAAUAUUUUCAUCUGUUUAUGCAAUGUGAGGCGAUACAUUUACAGCAAGGCAGAUCUCAUUCUUCAUCAUUUUCUCAAAUUUUAUUUCAAGAUGAAAACAAAACUGAAUCCUGUUGCCCAUGGCAACCAGUAAAAGUUGGCAGCACCUGAACUGUUACCCAACAUCACAAAAGACAUAGCUCUGUGAAGCUGCAAGGAACAGUCGAUCACUUCAUAGACACAUUACUGGGAAUCCAAAAAAACUCAGUACAAUUUCCUGGACCUCACACAGGGUUACCACCUACAGGUACAGGUAUUCCUGGAGAUUUAGACAUAUGACUCCCAGGGCUAAGCAACCUGCCCCCUAUCCCCUACCCAGCUCCAGAGAGUCUCACCUUCUUAGAUCAAUGAGGAAGCAACCUUGUUCCACCAUCUGACUGGAUAAACUGGGCCCGACAGUGAAGCAGCUGGCUUUACAAUUGCCUCCUGCUCCCAACCCCAUGUGUUCAAAGACAGGGGCAUAUGGGCGUUGCUGGCUGGGCCAGCAUUUAUUCUCUUCUGAAGGAGGUGGGGGUGAGCUGCUGCAGUCCAUGUGCAGUAGGUAGACACAAUGCCCUUAGGCAGGGAAGUCCUGGAUUUCAACCCAGUGACAGUGAAGGAACAGUGAUAUAUUUCUCAGUCAGGAUGUUGAGUAGCUUGGAGGGGAACCUGUAUGGGGUGGUGUUCCCAUUUAUCUGCUGACCUUGUGCUUCUCGAUGGUAGAGAUUUGGGUUCGGAAUGUGCAGUCUCAACAGCCUAGAUGAGUUGCAGCCAUGCGCCUUGUAGAUGGUACACACUGUUGCUACUGAGCAUCAGUGAUGGACAGCGUGUCUGUAAAUGUAUUGCCAAUUAAGCAACCCACUCAGUGUCAUUCCUCCCCACUUAAUGACUCAGUGCUACUGUUAUAGAGUCAUUGAGUUAUACAGGCCAGAAACGGACCCUUUGAUGCAGCUCGUCCAUGCCAACCAGCUCUGACCUAAUCCCAUUUGCCAGCAUUUGGCUUAUAACCCUCUAAACCCUUCCUAUUCAUGUACCUUUCAGGUACCUUUUAAAUAUUGCACCAGCCUCCACCACCUCCUCUGGCAGCUCAUUCCAUACACUCUCUGUGUGACAAAGUUACCCCUCAGGUUCCUUUUAAAAUCUUGCCCCUCUCACCUUAAACCUAUGCCCUCUAGUUUUGGACUCGCCUAACCUGGGGAAAUGACCUUGGCCAUUCACCAAAUCUACACCCCUCAUGAUUUUAUAAGCCUCUAUAAGGUCACCCCUCAGCAUCCACUGGAUGGGAGCUGGGUGAAGAGGCAGGCAGGACUGU